CAGGGUGACAACAUGGUUGGUUUUUGUCAGCUGGUAAAACUAAGCAUCAGGGGUGGUACUUAAAGCAGCGGCAGUUUUGAUAAUAAAUAUCUACACACCUGAUUCAGAGGUGGAACAAUAGAGAGGCAGGUUGGCCUUUUCAAGAGGAAAUUUUUAAUGGGCUAGUAUUGUUCCAACCUGUCCGGCAGGUGAAUCAUUGGUAACCAAGUGACUUCUACGCAUUUUACUUCUCACUUAUUGCUGCCUUGUAACAAAGGUGGCUCUUAUUUGAACAGUUUAUGGGGAAGACUGUGAAAAUAUAAUAUGGCUUAGGGAAAAAAUGUAUUUUUACAUGUUGGAGUAAUUUGAUAGCAACGUUGAUACCUUUUUAGUACAGGCUAGGUGUAUAUUGUUCAUCCUGAGGGUUUGUUUUUCAGUAGGUGGGGAUGGAUGGAUUUGCAGGUUUUUGACAUAGUUGAGUAUCAACUUGGGAGCAGAUAGCUGCAAAGAGCACCUAUUGGGCAAUGCCUCCAACAUCACUAGAUCCUGGGGACAUCUUUCGUGGUUUAUAUAUGCUUGUGAUUUCUCCUCUCCCCCAGGAAGGUGAGAAUGGUAAUGAAUAUGUACCACUUGUAUUUUAUUUAGCUAUAAAUUUAUUUAUGGGCCUUAUUUUAGGGUAUAUGCCUUGGAAGGCAGCUUAAAUAUAAUAAGACAUCAAAUAGCAUGUUACAAACAAGAAAAAUGUAAACAUUUUAAGAUCACAGUGUUGUUGUUUUAAAAACUGGCCAGUUAAUCCAACCAUUAACAAAACAGCAAAGUCUAAAAUAUAAUGAAUAAUAUCAAAACAUUUUUAAAACAUCUGGGUUUUUAAAAAAUUAGCCUUCCACAGGUGGUUUGGGGGUGGCCAUGGGAGAGUGGGCCUUUUCUCCCCCAUGUUAGGCCCACCAGGCACCAACCUUGUCUUCAUUUUGAUGCCAAGCAAACACAUAUUUUCUUGGAUUGCAUUGUUAAAAACAUUUUUAAUAUGUUAAUGUGAUUUUAUUGUAUUUCUUACUUGGUUGUAAAUAGCUGGAGGAAUUUCAUAAUGGGAUGCAAUACACCAGGCCUUACUCUCUCAAAGGGUUUGUCAACAUAUUGCCCUCCAUUCGUUGUGGACUACAACUCCCAUCAGCCCUGGGCCAUUGGCCUUGCUGGGGUUGCUGGAAGUUGUGUUCCCCAGUAUUUGAAGGGCAUUAUGUUGGCUUCCCAUUAUAUAGAUGAAGAGGCCUAAUUGGGCCUGUAAGUGCAUUUCCACAGUGUGUCUGCCUUGGAGAAGUUUGUACUGUCGUAGCAAUUCUGUUUGGCGCUGCUGUGGAAUUGGGGUGUGUGGCUUGCAGAUGGGAAAUGAGUAGUUGUGAAACCCACUUGGGUCUGCCGUAAUUUUUCAGAUGCCAGUGUAUGACACAAGGGAGUGUGUUUGGGAUGUAUUGAAAGCAGGUAGGCUUAUGGGAGUGGUGCUUGCAGCUGAGAUCUGUGGAACCAGGGAAGAAGCUCUGAUGAUGCUUUCAUGUUGCUUGCAUUGGGUAAUAUGAGUUUUCAUUUGUAAUCUGGGUUGCUCAAAGAGUGUGGUUGGAACACAAGACUGUUUGCAUCAGUCGAAACCAGGGAAGAUCCAAAGGCCCUCUGAUGUUUGACAGAGGAGAACAGGAAAACAAGCUUGCAGAACCCCUCUUUUUGUACCGAAGCAACUUCAUAAGCACCCGCCCCCCAGCACUGCCCCCACUUUCACACUUUGCUCUUGACUUCCUGCCUAUAUUCAUUUACUCAGUAGCCACUUUGCCAUCUGUUGACUUAAGAGCCACAAAGAGUGUGUGUUUGUUUUUAGGGUUAAAUAUGAAUUUGAAUUUGAGGGGGGGGGAGAGCAAGAUUUCCUUCCUAUUCAACAGUUCAAAGCAGGCCUUUGAAAAGCAGUUCAAAGCAGUUGCAGUGAGAGAGGGGGGAAUUUGUCAGUUUUGGUUUCUCUGUCUUCCUCACUUUGCCAGCCUUAAGUUCAGCACAAUAGAUUUUCCACAUCAGUUUGUGACUUUUUUUUUUAAAAAAAGAAGUCCUCCUGAAAAUUCACCAGCAUUUUAGUAUGUAUUUUGUCUAAUGUAUGCAUUUUUGUAAGCCAUUUUUGUAAGCUAUUUGCUCAGCUAAAAUCUGUAUUUUUGUAUGUUACUUUCACUAAUAUAUUCUCGAAAUUUACUAUUUGUUUUUACCUUGCUCCUCAGCCAAAAAGGCUCCCAAGGCAGCUUAGCGACCAAUAAAGAAAAAGAGCAGUUCCUCUCUCUGGGUUUUGGUAUAAUAUACAUGACACAAAAGUGAUUGAAAGGAUAGCUCAGUUGGUAGAGCAUGAGACUCUUAAUCUCAGCGUUGUGAGUUUGAGCCCCACUUUGGGUAAAAGAUUCCUGCCUUGCAGGGGGUUGGACUAGAUGACCCUUGUGGUCCCUGCCAACUCUACAAUUCUAUGAAAAGGAAAAUGCCCCCUCUUCCCUCCCCAUCCCCCUUUCCUGAUCAAGCCGCACUCGCCUGAAAUCACUUGUAGAGCUCAAAAGUUGCCUUUUUUGGUCUGUUAAUCUUCUAAGAUAGCAAUCUUCCAAGACAUUAAAUUGAAAGCAUGGCCCUAUAGUUACGGUGUUAUUAUUUUUUGUUUAGUUUCAGAUAGAAUUUUUAACUAACCCCUUCCUUUUACCUUUGCCUUUUAAAACCCUUUAAAAACACUUUCACAGUGUGUGAAAUACUGUGUCCUUAAGUGUUGUUGUUGUUAAGGUGGGAAUUAUUGCCCCUUCCCAUCAUAGGUGUGUGAAUAGGGGGAGUUGGCUGGGCCUGGGCCCACUCUAAUAUCUAAAUAAUAAAAAGUGGCUUUGCAGGUCCUUGCCCAUGCUCAGUUGUAGCAGCGCAUUGCGCUUAAGAGGCUGCAGUUCUGCACCUUCCAGUGAGCUGCACCCUGCACCCCCAGCCAUGCCCACCUCUAUUCACAGGGUUGGCCCACCAGUGGGCAGGAUUGGCACCUUCCCGGUUUGCCUCAAGUGGCAAAAUGGGGUGGACUGCCUUGUUUGUCCAAGCCAUGAGCAUUGUGGUACAUACAGGCAGAAGAGGCAUGGGAGUGCUGUCCUUGCAAGAGUGGGAGCGCACUUUCGCUGGCUUGUGAGAAGCCCACCACUUUUUGUGCAGAGAGGGGCUGCAUUUAUGGUGCGCUUGCAUGUGGCCGCCCUGCAUUGCUCAUCACCUCGAGCAACAAGGCGCACCCCUCCAAGCAGACUUAAGGGUGUGCUUGAUUUGACGCAUUUGAGCACCCCACAAGCCGUUCACCCUGAGUGCUUUUGCAAGAUUUCCUGGGUUUCACACCCUAAUGGAAUGUGCUGCUCGUGCCUAUGCUAACUAUAUAGCUUUGUAUGAAAAGGGUAACAUUGAGCAAGGUGGACCAGUGGUUUGACUCAGUAUAAGGCAGUUUGUUCUUAUCUAUUCUCCUUGCCCCACAAUCAGGUUUUUUUUUUUAAGAAAGCUUGGGAGAUGGAGAUGGGAGAGCUGGAAUAAAGCCCUUUGACCAUUAAGUCUAGCUCUUGGGAAAACUCGCUUGGAGUGCUUUAAUGCACCAAGCGCUCAAGUGCAGUUUGGUGCUCACCCAAUUCGUUUCUUUAGGAUUUUUUUUAUCCCACAUAGAAGAGGCCUUAUCUACAGUUGUAGCAAAAUGAGGUGGGAAUGAGGUGGUAGAAAUUGUAGUAUUUUAGACUGCAGGUGGUAGGGUUGCAUUUUGCAAAGCUGCCUUGUGGAAAAAUCUCUGGGGUGCUAAAAAAAGUUAGCAGAGCAGGAAGCUGGCUGAUUUAGGACUUUUCUCCUUGAUAGGCUAGAUCUGUAUUUUCCAGGGUGACUUUGAUUUUGCUUCUUGCUUUACAUGGGGAAUAUUCAAAAAUGGGGUCACUCACCAGCAGUCUGAAGUUUCCCAUCCAUCUUACCAUCUCAGGGUUCUGCCUCUACAUUUUGAAGCAUGUUUAUAAGACAAGUGCACCAAAUGUCAGCUUCCUUGUCUGCAUGAGGGUAGCUUAGCUGCUUCAGAGCACAAUUAGAACCCAGUUUUUAAUUGAUGUUGUUGAUGAUGUACUAUUUAUAUUCCGCUUUUCCGAAACAACAAAACGUUGCGCUCAGAGCAGCUGAUAACUGUAGCGUUUAAAAUUAACAAACAUUACAAUCACUAUAAUACUAUGGAACAUGCACUAGCAUAUAAAUAAAGCAAAAAGCAUAUGCAUCAAUGCAAUUCAAUACAAACUCAUAGUGAUUUUAGGUAUCAGAAAUAACUGCUGAGCAUCAGCCCUGUUCCAGUUGACAUAAACUGGGAAGAGGCUUUUGCACCAGUGCCUCAGCGGCAAGACCUUUCCUAGUAAGAAUAUGAGAAGAGCCUGCUGGAUCGGGCCAAAGGCCUAUCUCACCCAACAUCCUGUUCUCCUAGUGGCUAUCCAGAAGCCCCAGAAGGAAACCUUCAAGCAGGAUCCAAGCACAAGAAUCCUCUUCUCUCCCGUGGCUUCUAGCAACUGGCAUUCAGAAGCAUUGCUGCCUCGGACAGUGAAAGUAGAACAUAGCCAUCCUGGCUAGUAGCCAUUGAUAGCCCUCGCAUCCUCCAUGAAUUUGUCUCAUCCCCUUUAAAGCCGUCCAAGUUGGUGGCCAUCGCUGCCUCCUGUGGGAACGAGUUCGUAGUUUUACUAUACCCUAAAUGGGAGGAUUAUGGGGUUGUCUUCGUUUUUAUUACGUAUUUUGUGUUUUUUAUAUUGUGAUUUUAUGUUGUGAACUGUACCGAGAGCUACAGAUAUAGGGCGGUAUAUAAAUUUAAUAAACAGCAACAGCAGUGUCUUUUCUUUAGUCUGUCCUGAAUCUUCAACAUUCAGUGUCACUGGAUGUCUACAAGUUCUAUCCACUCUCUACCCAGCAUGCCUCAUCUUACAAACGUCGGCCAAGUCACCUCUUGCACACCAUUUUUCUAAACUAAAAAAGUCGCAAACGCUUCAACCUUUCCUCAAAGGAUAGGUUUUAGUCUUAGUUUUUAGUAUUGAUUUAUUUUUCACUUUCAAAGAGAGGAAUCAAAUCAUUUCUAUGCUGUUUUCAGAGGGGUGGGUGAACAGGUUCCAUAAAGGGGAGGAGAAUAUUGGGGGUUUUUUUUAAAAAAAGGUUUUUCUCUGAUUUUUCCAAUAAUUGGUUGCACAUUUGACUAUUUGUGUAUCAUUUCCAUCCUCCAGUGGACUGUCAUUUGAGGCCAAAGUGUCUGAAGCUGCUGCAUGCUCCUAUCACAUUUUGUUAGUAUACAAAUCCUCUUGUAUGGUCAUAUUUCCAUACGGUACUUCAAGCAGGGCCAGUGCAGUAAGGCAUUGACAUUCCCCUUUUGUCAACAGAGGUUGAGUAGGACAGAAGCAACUGGCUGGCAGGCUAUGGACUAGUGGCUAAAAGACGGUUUUAGACCUUCAGACCUCCUGCUGAGUUAACUUGAACUCAUUUGUACAAAAACAGGGUACUUCUAGACAGGUGUUUAUAGUGGGACAAAUGCCUCAUGCAUGAAAGGGUGUUUUUUGGGGGUAUCUUUUUUUGGUCACCCAUAUUCUGCUUCCCCCUUAAUGCAGAUUUACCCUAUCCAGAGAAAAUCAGACAAGUAAAAGAAAAAAAACUUCUGUUGCCAGUGACCCUCUUGCAAAUAUCUCAAGAACCCGUUUGGAAAAUCAACUCUCCGUGUGGACACUUGUAGACACAUAACAACAUCAUUCAUGGGUUGCCUCCAGACUGUUAGCCUUUUUCAGGAGUGAUUCAAGUGCACACUGGAAAAGUAAAGGCAAAGGUACCCCUGACCAUUAGGUCCAGUCGCGGACGACUCUGGGGUUGCGGUGCUCAUCUCGCUCUAUAGGCCGAGGAAGCCAGCGUUUGUCCACAGACAGCUUCCCGGUCAUGUGGCCAGCAUGACAAAGCCGCUUCUGGCAAACCAGAGCAGCGCACGGAAACGCCGUUUACCUUCCCGCCGGAGCGGUACCUAUUUAUCUACUUGCACUUUGACGUGCUUUCAAACUGCUAGGUGGGCAGGAGCUGGGACCGAGCAACGGGAGCUCACCCCGUCGUGGGAAUUCGAACCACCGACCUUCUGAUCGGAAGCCCUAGGCUCAGUGGUUUAGACCACAGCACCACCUGCGUCCCUUAAAAGGCCAUAGAUUUUUUAAUUAGCCAAAGGCCUGGGUGAAGUUUUUGCUUGCUGCCUAAUGAUAUUGACCAUAUGGAGGUGCCCAUGGCCAGCCAUUCCUGCCCAUGCCCUUCUUUUGUUUGGGAGAUAGAAUUGCAGUGUUGGAAGGGACCACGAGGAUCAUCUAGUCCAAUCAUCUGCAAUGCCGGAAUCUUUUGUCCAAUGUGUUGCUCAGACACAUGACCCUUAGAUUAAGAGUCUCAUGCUCUACUGACUGAGCUAUUGGCUGGUGGUUUCUCAGUGGAAAAGGUUGCGGGAAAGACAAUGCAGCUUCCACCCAGUUAAGGGGUGGGAACUGAUCCUAAGGUAUUAGUGUGAAAGAAAUUGUAUUUUGAAGUGGGGAGUGAAAGCUAGCUAUGAGUUCUGGGAGCAUCUUGAGAGCAGUCCCAAUUGGUAUAUUUAUUUGUUUAACAAAUGCUUUUCUAGCUGAAAGAGUGUCAUACUUUGGUCCAAGUUGCACGGAAGCAAGUGGUAAACUGAUCAAAUGCUGAAAAGUUAGCAGGUGCCUAAAUCUGAGGCCCUCUUUGAGCUUGGGACAGUGGAUCAACAAACUGCUAGGAGUGUGGUUGCGGGUUGCCUCCAGCUCUGCUCUGCUCUUUUUGCUUUGUAAGUAGCUAUACUGAGUGCUCCAAAACGCCAACCCAAUACUGCUGCCCCUUGAACUUCUCACUGCUCAUGCGAUGAUAACGUGGUGCACAGGGGAGGGAUGAGGGAGGUACUAGGAUGUUGUGGUACCCAUUUGCUGUGAGGGCUGCUUUAAAGAGAAUCUGCCACUGGGGAGAUGCUGGAUCAUUCGCAGAGUUACCUGGCAGCUCAGUAAGAGAACUGGAGGAGGAUCCUUUUGUAAUGUGGGUUUUUAAAAAACCCCAGCUGUCUUCUUGUAGAUCCUUAAAUGACUUGUUGCUUGGGAAAAGUAAAUAUAGCCAGGAGAGCAGAUGGAGAGCUUCUUGCUGCAGCUUGAGAGUCGAGGUUUGUUAACAGACGUUUGUAACAUGUUUUUUUACUCUCUUUUUUUGUAUUUUUAAGUACUGAUAAAGAAAUGUUUGCUUUUUCAUCUAUUAUCACAAUUUUUCUCCUCUUUUUAAAUGUCUCUGCUAGGUUGCAGUCUUAAUACAGUCCCCCCAUCCCACCCCCAGAAAUAUAGAAAGCUGUUUUGUACCAAUUGCAUUUUGCUCCAUAUUGUCUACACUGACUGGCAGUGACUCUCCAGGGUUUCAGACAGGGAGCCCUACCUGGAGAUGCAAGCGGGGGAUUGAACCCGGGACCUUCUGCAUGCAUUCAGGUCACAUGUUCUACAGCUGAGGUACAGACCUUCCCCCUCUCCCAUUCCCCCCAGCUCUAUUUAGAUGGUACAGUGUUUUCAUUUUGGAAAGAGCAUGUCUUUCAGUUUCCUUUCAGAGGUAAAGCAGGAUUUGCUACCCCCCCCCCCCCAAAUGCACUUUCCUCUCACAUCUGGCUUUUAAAACAGACUUUUCUAAUAAGUCAUAAUUGAAAUAAAGAGGUAUCUUUGCAGUGAUUUCAAUUGAAUGUCAAAAAGACAAUUGCAUUAAAUAUUAUGGUUCAUAGUACAGGGGAACAAUUAUGCGGGGCUGAUGUCAGGCUUCUCUUAAUGGCCUCAGCGAUAAUUCCUAUGGGACCCUUUGCUCAUGUCCCCUCCACCUUCAACUGAGAAUUCUCUCAGAAUCACGAUUCCUUAAAAAAAGGAGGAGGGGAGAAUGAUAGACCUUCCUAGCUAGAUUUACUGUCCAAACAGCUUUUCUGUGAUUCCCCCCCCCCCCACAUUUCCCCUCCCUCUUAGACCUACAGCACGUUGAGUGUUCAAUGUUACUCUCCCGUUAAGUGAGGUCUAACCAACCCCAAUGCUUUUUUAGUGAAACUAAAAACUAAAAGGAGAGGGAGGAGAUGCACUGCAGAAAAACCAAUAUUUUUAUGGUAUGAGAAUCUGUGGAAUAAGAAGCAGCACAGCACAUGGCUGAGCAAGAUUUGUUUUUAUAUUUAAAUACAUUAAAUGUCAGUUUGGGGUCAGCUUGUGUGAGGGAGGGUUAAACAGCAAUAUAUGUCAGGAAAGGUUGAACUUCUGUGAGGUUUGGGGGGCAGCGAACGAUCAGUUCCUGGAACCCAUUGUUUAAAAUGUAUUUGUCAUUAUCAAGUUUUGUGGAAACAGCAGGUUUGAUAAAAUGAAAUCUCCCCCACUCCCAGUACUUAUUUAACAAUGAAUCGCAUGUCUGGCCAUAUGGGUUUUUAAAGGUCAGAUCUGAGGCUUCUGGUUCUGUGGUUCUCAUUGUAUCACUUCCCCAGUAGGACAAAUGCAUGCAUUGUAAUUAGUUUCCUUCCUUUUCAGAUUCUGCUCUGUGUGUUUUUCUCAUACACACACACACACACACACACACACACACACACACACACACAUACACAGAGAAAAACAUGCACACGGCAUGCACUGCAACGAUCCAUUGCUCUCUCACUUUGGAGGGAUUCUGUUUCACUUCUGCUGUUGAAAGUGUCAAAAAAUCAAGGAAAAUAUGAGGUUCUUAGACAAACUGUUUCCUUCUAGCUGGUUUUUUGGUGGGUAAUAGAUUAAAUGCAUUCUUCCAACAGUCCUGCAUAAGGGGAUAAGUGCAUUUUCUAAAACUCCUUCUUCACUUUUAGAACAUGAGCUAGCCCAGAGGUGAGUUAAUAAUGUCUCCCACUGGUGUUUCCUUGCUUAUCUUUCUGUGGAUUAGAAUUGUGGAAAGAAUAUCUACCUUAAUAACUACUGGCAGGAAGACAGGGCUGUUUCUUCACUACGGGGUUUGGGGAGGGUCAUCACUCUUCCUCAGCAGAUUGAAGGAGGUUUAUUACUGGAAGUCUGCCGGGUUGCAAAUGGGCUGAGGGCUGCAAGCCUGGGCGUGUGUUAAUGAUUUUUUGGGUUGUCUCUUCUUCUGCCCGGCAGUAUUUUAGCUAGUGCUGUUCAGCCAGCCAGCAGGAAAUGACCCUUCCUAGGGCUCCAUGAGCGGCAGAGUGAGAUGCAGUUCAGAAUGCUGUCUUGCAUUACUUGGAUAUGGGUUUUUUUUAUAUAAAAAAAACAUUGCUCCAGAAACCAGCAAAGGGCUUUCAGUAGUCAGUUGGAUGGCAACUUGGUUGGAGAUUUAGGCUUGGAACUUCCAGGGAAGUUGAUCAGAGUUAAAGCAAGAAAGCCUGCUAGGGUUAAGCCACAGCCCUCACCAGCCCAGCUCUGCCUGCUAAUUGCAUGUUUUUGCAUGGCUGUAAUGGAUCUGUGGCCUGUGAUGAUGUCUCUUGCUGGCCUGGGUGCUGAAUGGAGAGAUGCUUGUGGCGUGGGCAUGCAGAAACCCCCGACUUUUGUGUGGCUGGAGUGUAACCUGCUGCACAAAGGGGGCAUUGAUGCAUGAGCUUACUGUUAUGUAAGCAGCCUCCAGGAAGCACCUCUGGCUUGCAUUUCUGACCAGACAAAAGGGCUGCUUGGAUUUCAAGAUGCUUAUAAAAGAGUAUCGAAUUCCACUUCCGAUGAGUGUGGAUGAAUAUAGGAUUGCCCAGCUGUACAUGAUACAGAAAAAGAGCCGAGAAGAGACAUGUGGUGAAGGCAGUGGUGUAGAGAUUUUGGAAAACAGACCAUAUACAGAUGGUCCAGGUGGCAAUGGGCAGUAUACCCACAAAGUAUACCAUAUUGGUAUGCAUAUCCCCAGUUGGUUUCGGUCUAUACUGCCAAAGGCAGCUUUAAGAGUUGAGGAGGAGUCAUGGAAUGCGUAUCCUUAUACAAGGACAAGGUAUACGUGCCCAUUUGUGGAGAAAUUCUCCAUUGAUAUUGAAACCUAUUACAUAUCUGACUCAGGAGAGCAAGCCAACGUCUUCAACCUUUCCACUGCAGAGAAAAGGCAGACCAUUCUUGAUCCCAUUGAUAUUGUUAAAGAUCCCAUCCCUCCACACGAAUACAAAUCAGAAGAAGAUCCAAAGCUAUAUAAAUCAGUGAAGACGACAAGGGGUCCCCUGUCAGAAGACUGGAUCAAAGAGCACAAGAACAACCCUGGGAGAUACCCUAUGAUGUGUGCCUACAAACUGUGCAAGGUGGAAUUCAGAUAUUGGGGGAUGCAGUCUAAAAUUGAGCGCUUCAUUCAUGACGUUGGCUUGCGGAAGGUGAUGGUUCGGGCCCACAGGCAAGCUUGGUGCUGGCAGGAUGAAUGGUACGGGCUUACCAUUGAGGACAUCCGGCAGCUGGAAAAGGAGGCACAACUGAUGCUGGCACAGAAGAUGGCCCAGUUCAGCUGCAACGAGAAUGAGCUGGAGCAGCACCUUCCCAAAGACCCUCUGGAUGAGAAUGAUACGGAAACAAAGGCCAUAUCUCCAUCCACCGAGGCGGUGGACACAGCUAGCAAUAUCGGUGAAGCCUUGCCAGGGAGAGUGCUGACUAAGCAGUGGUCGACGUCUUCCAAGUCCUCUUCAAAAAGAGGAGCAAGCCCCUCGCGCCAUAGCAUAUCGGAGUGGAGAAUGCAGAGCAUUGCAAGAGAUUCAGACGAGGGCUCCGAUGACGAGUUCUUCGAUGCACACGAGGACUUGUCUGAGAAUGAAGAGGUGUUCCCAAAAGAAAUUACCAAAUGGAGUUCAAACGAUCUCAUGGAUAAGAUCGAAACCCCAGAAUCUGAAGAAGUACCAGACGAUCCAUGUCUUGAAUCAGCAGCAGAGUACCAUGUUGGAUCCAGCGUGGAAAGGCUAAGCAUCAUUGAGGAUGAGGUUGUGCCUCCACUAGUGCAGCCAAGCAAGAUCCAUGUCCUGCUCUUGGUGUUGCAUGGAGGCAACAUUUUGGAUACAGGAAGUGGUGACCAGAGCUCUAAGCAAGGCGAUGUCAACACCAUAGCCACCGCCUUUGACACUGUCAUUAGGGUCCAUUACCCAGUGGCCCUUGGGCGCAUAGCAAUCAGAUUGGUCCCUUGCCCAGCCAUCUGCUCUGAAGCAUUUUCACUUGUCUCUAACCUCAGUCCUUACAGUUACGAUGAAGGAUGCCUUUCCAAUAGCCAGGAUCACAUUCCACUUGCAGCACUUCCUCUGCUGGCCACAUCGUCCCCACAGUACCAGGAGGCAGUUGCCACGGUGAUCCUGAGAGCCAAUCAGGUGUACAGCGAGUUCAUCAAAUCCCAGGAAGGCGCCUCAUUCAAUGGCCAGGUGUGUUUGGUUGGGGACUGCGUAGGAGGGAUCCUGGCCUUUGACGCUCUUUGCUACAGCAACCAAACCAUGUCAGAGAGUCAGAACAGUAGCCGACGUGGGAGCGUUGUAAGUGUGCAGGACACUGACCUCUUGUCUCCUGGAAUCAUUGUGAACAACAGCUACUGCUCAGGGGGCUCCAGCCUGGAAGCCAGCCGCCACCUCAGCCGGAGCAAUAUUGACAUCCCUCGCAGCAACGGGGAGGAGUCCAGGAAGCAGCUGCCGCGGAAGAGGAGCGACUCGUCGACUUAUGAAGUGGACACCAUCAAGCAGCACCAGGCCUUCCUCUCCAGUUUACAUUCUAGCACUCUAAAAAACUAUGCGGGAUCAAGGACAUCAAGCAGUUCCACUGUGCUGGAUGGAGGAAAUCUUGGGAAAUUUGAGUUUGAGAUCACAGACUUCUUCCUAUUUGGAUCUCCUUUGGGGCUGGUCCUCGCAUUGCGAAAAACCGUCAUUCCCACUCUUGACAUCUUCCAGUUGAGACCAGCCUGUCAGCAAGUCUAUAACCUGUUCCACCCUGCAGACCCUUCAGCCUCACGCUUGGAACCUCUUCUGGAAAAGAAGUUCCACAUUUUACCACCCUUCAAUGUCCCACGCUACCAGAGGUUUCCUCUUGGGGAUGGCAAUUCAGCCCUCCUGGUUGAAACAGUCCAGAGCAACCCUGUCCUCCUCGUAGAAAGCAGCCCACUGGUUGCUCUCCAGAACCACGACAGCUUCAUGGAAACCAGUAUCCCUGUUCCCAUCCUGAAUUGGCAAGAUAUUUCCAGUAAAAAUUCUGGAUUUGCUGAGUCGGAUGUUGUUCAGUCUCAUGGUGGCGUCUUCAUGGAAAGUGCAUCCCCUUCAGCUCCCAUUUCAGCCCCCCAAUUCAGGGGCUUCCGGAGAGCCAGCGAGGCCAGCAUUGCGAGCCAGGUCUCGGGAAUGGCAGACAGUUACACUGCUUCCAACAUAGCCAACAAAAACAAACACCAUCUCACCCACUCCAGGGGGUUUAGCCUUUUAGCCCUGCUUGCCCUCCCACACAAGGCCCCCCCACAACCCUCACCCAAAAGGCAUAGGGCACCUAAACCUGAAAUUUCCCAGAACCCCUUAGGAAGAAGGGUUGGGAGCUCCUCCCAUUGGGAAGUGGAUGCCAUUCUACAGAUCCCGGACCUGGACAUCAACAAAGUUGCUGCCAAAUGGUGGGGAACGAAAAGAAUAGACUAUGCUCUCUAUUGCCCCGAUGCCCUCACCGCCUUCCCUACGGUGGCCUUACCGCACCUCUUCCAUGCAAGCUACUGGGAGUCAACAGAUGUGGUUUCCUUCCUCCUCAGGCAGGUGAUGAGGCACGAGAACGCCAGCAUCCUGGAGCUGGAUGGGAAGGAGGUCUCUGUCUUUACUCCUUCUAAGCCCAGGGAGAAGUGGCUUCGCAAGAGGACCCAUGUGAAGCUAAGGAACGUCACAGCCAAUCACCGAAUAAAUGAUGCUAUUGCCAAUGAGGAUGGACCCCAGAUGUUAACUGGAAGGUUUAUGUAUGGCCCAUUGGACAUGGUCACACUCACAGGAGAAAAGGUGGAUAUUCAUAUCAUGACACAACCCCCAUCAGGAGAAUGGGCUUACUUUGACACAGAGGUUACCAACAGCAGUGGUAGGAUUUCCUACAUUAUCCCCAAAAACAAGCGGCUGGGCAUUGGCGUAUAUCCUGUCAAGAUGGUGGUCAGAGGCGACCACACGUAUGCCGACAGCUACAUCACUGUUCUGCCCAGGGGGACUGAGUUUGUGGUCUUCAGCAUUGACGGUUCCUUUGCAGCCAGUGUUUCAAUCAUGGGCAGUGACCCCAAAGUCAGAGCUGGAGCAGUUGAUGUAGUACGGCACUGGCAAGACCUUGGCUACCUCAUUAUCUACGUCACGGGCCGGCCUGACAUGCAGAAGCAGCGGGUAGUUGCCUGGUUAGCACAGCACAACUUCCCCCAUGGGAUCGUCUCGUUCUGCGAUGGUCUGGUUCACGACCCACUGCGGCACAAGGCCAACUUCCUCAAGUCCCUACUCACAGACCUUGACAUGAAGAUCCAUGCGGCCUAUGGAUCCACCAAGGAUGUCUCAGUCUACACCUCCAUCAGCCUGCCGCCUAUGCAGAUCUACAUUGUUGGGCGGCCGACCAAGAAGUUACAGAACCAUUGUCAGUUCAUUACCGAGGGAUACGCAGCCCACCUGGCCCAGCUGGAAUACACCCAUCGCUCCCGCCCUGCCAAGAACACCACCCGGAUGGCUCUUCGGAAAGGCAGCUUUGGCCUCCCGGGCCAAACGGAAUUCCUGCGCAAGAGGAACCACUUGCUGCGCACCAUCUCCUCUCAGCCAGCCACGGCAGCCAGCGGAAGCAGUGGCUACAGGCCGGAGCGAACCCAGAGUCAGUCAGAGAGUGACCGGGAGAGGGAGAAGGAGCGCAGCCAGAGGAGCAUGAGCCUUGCCACAGGGUGCUGGGGCCGGAGCACAGCCUCCAGACUGGAGCCGGGGGGCCUGGGGCAGAAGUAGGGCAGCCAGAAGGCAGCAGCAGGAGGCAAUUGUGCAUGGCAGCAGCAGCAGCAGCGGAGGUGAAUCAACCGAGGCCUGUGGUGUGGGGUAGUGGGGCAAACAUGGUGCUACUCGUUGCCAGAGAGGCGGUCAUAACUUUAUGAGGCGAUAACAGGCUGGUUCCCCCCCCCCUCCAUGCAAAACAUACAGGCCUUGGGGACGGGGGCACUGGGUUUUUGCAGAGCACUGUGCAAAGGGGAACAAGAAAACUGCCUUUUCAAGCAGAGGGGCAUCAGGAAGGGGAAGAUGAAUACUUCGGCAGCUCCUGGGUGCAGCUUUUUCCUGCCCCCCCCCUUUCCCACCCAGGUUUGGUGAUUGUAAAUAUGUGCCUCCACAGCUUCUUAGCUAUCGUUAAAGAGGCAGCGGAGGGAGGGGGUGCCCCAGUGCCAUGUGUGGGCAGAACUGGAGGAGUCAGUCAGGGGAGCCACAACUGUGGGUUUGUUCUGCUACCUGAAGUGAAGGGAGCUGCAUCCUGCCACCACUUUGAAAUAAGUUGCUCCACUUCUGGAAUUUGGAGAGACUCGGGUUGGAGACAAGGAAGAGUUCAAGACAAGCAAAGGAUGCUUAGAACACACUUCCAUUCUGCUAGGAAGCAAAGUCAUGUUGGCAAUGGCUAAUUCAAGGCAUCUUUGGUGCGAGAAGCAUGGGAUCCGAUUAGCAGUUGGUUUUAUUUGGGUACAAUUUCCUAUGAUUAUUUUUAAGCGAACAUCUUAAAAAAAGGAGGGAAAACAAAAACCAGAUUUUGGAAACUGGUGGAUUGUACUAUCUGCUGCUUUCUGCUCCUCGGUGUGUGAGGGAGUGGACAGGGUGAAAGAAGUUGGGCAGUUAUCCAGUUUCUACUUUUGGAAAGUACCAACAGUUAGUUUCAAGCAUCUAGGAAACAAAUAGCAGAGUGCUAUUUUUGCUCAGCCUAAAAAAAGCGAAGUCCAAAUUCUUCCCCACUCUGCCCACUUCUUUUCUGCCUCUUGACCCUCUUCAGAAGGGAGUCCGUCCUUCUUUCCAACUUUUGCAAUGGCUUUCAGCAGAGGAUGUAAAUUUUGCUUUUCUUUUUAACUAUAGUUAUGCAACUGUAAAACCUCAUUGUUUUUAUUUGUUUUGCACUGAUAAUUUUUAGAAAGGAGGCCUAUUACUAUUUUAUGAAGCUACACCCUCCCUAUUUAUAGCACAUGACAGUCAAAUGUUGCUAAGCCAGGAUGCACACAUGCACACACACAGGACUUUUCCCCCACCAACAAUGUAAGGAGAUUUAAAAAGAACAAGUGCAACAAAUUGAGAGGUACAAAUCAAGGGAAUGUGAUUUUGAAAAGGAGAGGAAAGACAUACGGUAUCUUAAAUUUCCCUAACUACUCUCUGUACAGGAGUUGCAGGUUUGAUGGUUUGAAUUUGCUGCAAAGUUCUGUGAAGUACAUUUGUGAGCUCUGCCCCGAGUUCUAAAGAACAUGCUUGGUUUAUAACACUUUAUAGUAGCCGUUUGAGAAUGGGAGUGAAUCACAAGGGAACAUAGGCCUACAAGGAAGGGUCUGCAAAAUUUCCCUAGCCACCAUCAUGCCACCUCACCCUGCAGAUUCAGUUUCCAGCUGUUGCAGAACACGGUUAGCCUGAGAUAAUGGACUAGUUCUCCAAGAGUUUGGGUUGCCCUUUCUUGCCUAUAGCUUCUGGCAUUUUUUAUAUUUGCACAGGUGUGCUUCUUUGUUCAGUGUUCCACUUUAUACGUAAAACAUUUCCCCCCUAGACCAACAGCUCUUUCAUCAUUUCUUCUUUUCAAUACCAAGACUCGGCAGCACUGUGAAUUACAGCCUCUUUCCAAGCCACGAGGCUCAACAACUCACCUGGACAUUUAAAAAGCUACUUUGCUACAUGGGUUUCAACACCAAAUUUAAAAUGGUGUGCUCCAUCCAUAUGGAUGUUACUGUCUAAAAUCCAUUUAUUUAUCCAUGGAAACUGCUGCUCUUUUCAAAUGAAGCUUGCAAUUCAACUCCCAACAUUUCUUAAAUGGUUGAUGAUGAGCCAUACUGCAAGAUUAUAAGCCUCUUGUCUCAGAUGAAGUCAACAAGAAAAUCUUGGCGAGUUUUUACUACUUUUCUUUUUUUUAAAAAAAAAAACACACCAAGCACUAUUGACUUCCCUUUCUCCUCAGUCUA